CUGGUGUAUCAUUACUCAAUUGUGUCAGGCGUGUUACAACCCGGAAGCUGGGUCAGCACUCUGACAGUCUCUAGCUCCCCUUUGGUCACGACACAAUAGCGAUGGCCCGUGUACGCCCAUCUCUCGCUGUUAUAAUACUGCUGAUACUGACGUUGGAUAAUUCUAGAGUAACCCACAGUCAACAUUCAGUAAAUAAGACAUUCCAUGGAUCCUGUUUCCCUGCAAACGCAACUGUGGCUGAGAUAAACUGCAAGAAGGAAGGUGGAGAUUUAUUCAGCCUUGUGGAUUUGAAGUUGGCCUAUGGUCUUGUCGUGUUGGAGUCGGCAAUACCUGAUGUGGGGGCGAUAUGGAUGAAUGGCAACACAGGCAAUCCCUGUCAAAGUACCACAGAUGGAGCCAGUAUCAAGACAAACAUUUGUUGUGUGGCUGUUAAUUCAAAUGGCACUAACAUAUUCCAGACCGCCAACUGUGGAGACCAGUAUCACUAUGUUUGCAACUUAAACACUACUUCCACGGAAGAGCGAAAUGGAACACAUCUCUACAUACCUUGCUUGAACAACAUACCUUCAACAGACAUUGCUGGCAUCAUUGCGGGGACGUGCCUGACUAUAACGCUUGUCGUGGCUUUGAUAACUGUCUGGUGCUACUGCAGUCGGAUCAGGAAACCCAAGCGUUAUGCAGUGCGGGUUGAGAGUGCGAUAUACCACCGUCAACAUCCUGAUACAGACAAGGGAGGCAACAGAGCUGCUGAUGUAACGGCUAUAGAUGACAUCAACACAGACUCUGCUGCUAUCAACCAGGAACAACGUAAAGGAGCAAAUGGCGGCGAUUAUGACACAUUGUGCAGGAUGUGGUCAACAGAAGACAAUGUAGUUAACCAGAGGUCCGACGUGGCGUCGGUGUACAGCCAUUUGUCAGGAAUUGACAAUCUGGGUGGUUGGACCAUCGAAAACCAUUACGACAGCACCGCUGUACCCAUGUAUGACAGGAGACCUGUUGAUAAUUUAUAUGACAGAACACAUGUCCCGGAUAUAUAGACAUAGAUAUACAGUCUUAAUGACGUUUUACAGUUUGAAUUCUUGUCCAAAUGAAAGUGAGUUAUGUGAAACGCCCUGUUGGAUACUAUUUUAUUAAUAUUCAAAACGGACUUAGCAUGGAAAUGGACGUUGCAGUAUGAUGACGAGGGCAGCCAUAUCCUACACAUGUAGAACGAGCCACCAACCAGGGCUCUGUUUCACAAAGCUAUCGUAGCGCUCCGACUGUCAUAAAUCUAUGUUACAGUAUCGUAACGCUACGAUAGCUUUGUGAAACAGGGACCAGUCGCUCAUGCAAGGUAAUUGGAAAGCAUUACUUUACUUAGAUGAAAGUCUCCAAAGUCACCUGCUUUGCGUUUUCGACCCUUGGCGUGAGAUUGUGCAGCAGGAGAAUGCCUGACCAAACGCUAGGUGUGUAAACAUGGAUUUCCAACUAAAUCGGAACAUUAUUGUGCUUCUAUGAUCAUCAAUUUUGACAGACACAGUGGCUUUCUCCAUGUAAAGAAUGCUUUUACAGAGAAAUAUUAUUUCAAAUAUAGACGUAAUUAUUUUCGCUCCUGCGUUUCUGUUAGGGAGUAUAUAAUUAUUGAUAAAAUAUAGGUUGUUUAGUACAGCGCUAGGUACAACCAGGGCUAAUGGCAGCAAUCCGUCUUGUAAGUGUGGGAUGGGAGGUCGGUUAUGUAUUGUACUGAUAGAGAGAAGACAGACACUUGGAUUCCGUACUGUACAUAUUGAUCUGAUAACCACCUCGUACAUUUCAUGAACUUCCGACUGAAUCUUAUCCCAAGACGUUUAAAGUAAUUGUCUUGGUAAUGUUUAAGCAAAAAUCCAGCUCAGGCACAUAGUUUAGUAAAUGUACAACUAGAAAGAUUUGGGAUAUUUGGGAAAUCAUAUUGAUUAGUAUAUAUCAGAACAGAACAUAUUAUUCUAUAUAUAGUAUCUUAAUAGAGUUAAUUUUAUGAGAUGGAUGUUUAUACUGUUUCUCGUUUCUUCUUUUAUUCUUUAUGGUGUGUGUGGUGUGGUAAUAAAAACGGUUCAUUUUAAAUACUUACUGUCCAGCAUAACAAGGUAGCUGCCUGUAGUACAAUGUCUCAUUCUCCGUCACUCUGCCUGGAAUGACCAGUGCAAUUAUUAACAUAGAAUAUUUACCACAAAAUGCUAAUUGCGAAGGAACGGCACACAUCCUAUCGGUUAACUCUGUUUCCCUGUUUCCUUAUCAUAAGGUCUUAGUACACUGCUUCUGUAUCAGACAAGCUCUUUGCUACUGACGGUUCUGUGAUACACCUGCUGACUACGGCCUUCUCUCCCUCAUCAAUAUGUGACACGGGCUGUAGGCCUGGGGUUACUUGAGUGCUGGUGAAGUGACAUCCAUACCGGAUGUUCCUAGUGACACAUCAGCAUCAUAUAUAGGCUGAG